GCUGCUGCCCUGCUCGGAAGUGGGGUUAAUACAGGAACAUGGAAGGUCGUUCGGUUCUGUCGCAUGUACAAACGGUUAAAAUGUGCUGAAUAAACUAUAUAAUAGUUUCCAGCAGAAUUUCUGUGGGAGUUUUACUAUUAGCCAAUGAGCGCUAAUACUGCAGUAUGCUGUGUACAUCCAUGCACUUCAUUAUUGCAGACUUUGGAUUUCUUUGGCAGCCAAUGGGUCAAUCAGCAUUUACUUAAACCUUUGCACACAGCAAUAGGUUCUUUACUUCCCCUGUUGCUUUAACCCCUAGACUGCCAGGACAGCAGCACCUCUCACAGCUGUAAUAUUGUGCCGUCAGGAGUUAUUCUCAUCAUUCUUUAGCCUAGGUCAGGGGGGGAGAAAAAUCAAUCAUUAAAAAAAAAGAUAAUUGUUAUUUAGACACUAAAGAAAUAAUUGCUUAAAUAAUGUAUUCAGAGCAAAGAUUAGCCUAAGAAUAAUUUGUACAGAAUACUAAACCCAUGUGUUUUCUUUCAUGAUUCGGAUAGAGCAGCAAUUUUAAGCAACUUUCUAAUAUUCUAUUCCUUUUAUCCAAAUUUCUUCCUUCUCUUGCUAUCUUUAUUUAAAAAGCAGAAAUGUAAAGCUUAGGAGUCGGUCCCAUUUUAGGCUCAGCACCCUGGAUAGCGCUUGCUGAUUGGUGGCUACAUGUAACCACCAAUCAGCAAACGUAACCCUGGUUCUGAACCAAAAAUGGUAAGAUAAGACCUGGCUAAGUAAAUAGACUAAGAAGAAUUAGUUGGCCCUGCUUUUUAGCGAGGUUACAGUUUAGGAGGUGGCUGUUGGAGAGACACAAAGCAAAUCGUGUGUUGUGUGUAGGAAAAAAAUAGUAAAAGGUCACACAACUGCAAUAAGAAAAUGUUUCUGCUGCUGCAACAGUAGCAGCAUAUGUACAUAGCCACCAAUCACUGGCCGGAUUCAGCUCAGGACUGUCUAUGCAUUGCUGCUCGAGAGCUGACUUUCUUGGGACAUGAAAUUCAAAAUGAAACAUUCAUGAUUCAGAUAGAACAUGCAAUUUUAAGAAACUUUUUAAUUUGCUCCUGUUUUUUUACUUUAUUCUCUUGUUUUUCCUUGUAGAAAAGAAUACCUAGGUAGGCUCAGCAAUGCACUGCUUGGUAGCUAGCUGGUGAUUGGUAGCUGUACACAAAUGCCUCCUGUCAUUGGCUCACCAGAUGUGCUCAGCUAGCUCCCAUUCCUGCUCUGGACUUGACUUUAAUGAUAUGUUUAACAUUUAAAUUUGUAUUCCUAAAGAAAAAGGUUACUGGUGUGUUCAUUUUGGUGUUUGUUAAAGAUAUUCACAAUCAAUAUUUCCAGCUGAUUAGUUCCCAAUGUAUUCUUUGUUGAAGAGCUGCCUAGGUAAAUGUCCAUACCAGAAGUUAGUGUUGCCAUCUAGUGCUCUUGCAAAUGGAUAACAUUUUUGCAAAACUGCUGCCAUAUAGGGCUCCAAACACGUGCACGCUCCUGAGCUUAAAGGGACAGUCUACAAUAGAAUUUUUAUCGUGCACGUGAUCACGAGAUUUUAAUGAUGGGAUUGUGUCAGAGGGGCGUCCCUAUGUUGCUAGGCACGCCACCCCAGACCGCGAUCCCAUCAGGGAAGCGCCAGUGGUUUCAGGAAAGCCAAGCCGUUAGGACGUUGUAUUCCGUCAAUCGGCGCUAAAGCCCAGAAAAAUUAGUACGGAAUACAACGCUGUAACGGCGUUAAAGGGAUAAAUAACUCCUCGGGCGUUAACACAAUGUUAUCUAUAUGGCCCACAUGAACUAUUAGUCUCCUGUUGUGAAAAGCAAAUACAAAAGCAUGUGAUUAAGAGGCUGGCAUUAGAGCCUUUGAAACAGGCAGACAUUUAGAGGUUUAAAUGUUAUAAAGUAAAUUAAUCUAGCAAUGUUAGUUGUGCAAAGCUGGGGAAUGGGUAGUAAAUAACAAUUUUAGUGUAGACUGUCCUGUUAAGCACCUGCUUUUAAACAAAAGAUACCAACAGAAUGAAGAAAAUUUGAUAAUAGACCUAAAUUAGAAAGUUGUUUAAAAUUACAUGCUGUAUCUGAAUCAUGAAAGAAAAAAUUUGGUUUCAUGUCCCUUUAACCAUUUGAUGUCUUUGAAUAAAUAUAUCUGAUGGUGAAGAGUCCACUGCCUCCUGUGCUUUCCAACUUCUGUGUAUGCUUUACUGAUAUUAUGAAUAUUUAAGUAAUUUAGACUUUGUUCUGUGUUUGUUACUGGCUGUCUAAUGCGAGGUCAAAUCACUGUUGUGUGUAUUUCACUGGCAGCAAGAUGUCAAAUUAUUAAUUUAUGUAACCCUGGAACCAACGGGCACACUAAAGGGCUUGACAAAUUUGUUUAAUUAAAACAUUCUAGCCGGAAAAUUCUCAGUUUUAUGUGUGCACUAUAAACGCACAUAUUUUAAUACCCAAAGCUUGGACCAAACCCUCAGUAUACUGGUUUCAUAUCUAGUGAAGCAGGCAGCUUACCCCAGAGCAGAUUGGGUGCAAAAUAUAUAAAUGAUAAAAUAUGCAAACAAAAAAACGCACCCACAAUAUUUAUAGGGAUUUGAUAACUCAGUUGCAAGUAACAAUAAUUAAAGAGAGAGGUUAAAAUUAAAAUGUAAAUGCAUUUACUUAAAUUUUAAAUACAUUUUUUUGCAAUAUACUUCGAUUAGCAAACAAUGCGUAUUGUAAAAGUUAUUACUAUUUCAGCGGCAUACGCACAUAUGCCAUGUGUGAUUAAAGGAUCAGGUUUCAGACACCAUAUCUGCAAAGACUUAAAGGGACAGUACACACUAAUUUUCAUAUAACUGCAUGUAAUAGUCACUACUAUAAAGAAGAAUAUGUACAGAUACUGAUAUAAAAAUCCAGUUUAAAACCUUCUAAAAACUAACUUAGAAGCUCCCAAUUUAGCACUGUUGAUGACAUUAUGCUGGGACAUCCAGUGAAGUGGGCUGGAAAGCAAAAAAAGCAGACCCCUCAUGUAAAAAGACCCUUUACACAAACAGGCGGAAGCUAGGAGUCUGAAAAUCAGCACAAUGUUAUUUAAAAAUAAGCAAAACUAUAAAUUGUUAAAAAAAAAAAAAAAAACCCUUUAUGGGCUAAAUAAAUAGAUCAUCUACAAAACAUUUAUGUAAAGAAAAAUCUAGUGUACAAUGUCCCUUUAAUUUGUGUGAUAUAAACCACUGCUGACUCCAUAUGCAUAGGGCACUCACAGCAUAUGUGCAUAUUCCACUGAAACAAUAAUAUGGUCUUUACUAGGAUCAUUUUUCCUAAUGGAAGUAUAUUGCAAAAAUGCUUCUAUUCAUAAUUGAAAAUGUACAUUUCAAUAUUGACCUUUCUAUCCUAUCCCUUUAACAUCAGACAGACAACUUUACCAGGAAGGGAUCAUGGCCACCUGGGUUUGGAUAUUCCUGCCAGAAUUUACUGUUGCACAAGAAUUGCCAAUCGCGCGAGAACAGGGCUUGUUAGCAAUCCCAGACAGAUGUUUGAUAUCUACAGUCUCUGAGGUUGCGGACAGGUUAAAGGGAAAGUCUAGUCAAAAUUAAACUUUCAUGAUUCAGAUAGAGCAACAACUUUCCAAUUUACUUUUAUAAUCAAAUUUGCUUUGUUCUCUUGGUAUUCUUGGUUGAAAGCUAAACCUAGGUAAGGUCAUGCUAAUUUCUAAGUCCUUGAAGGUCGCCUCUUAUCUCAGUGCAUUUUAACUAGUUUUUCACAGCUAGACAGCGCUAGUUAAUUUGUGCCAUUUAUAACAUUGUGCUCACUACUGUGGGGUUAUUUAUGAGUCAGCACUGAUUGGCUAAAAUGCAAGUCUGUCAAAAGAACUGAAAUAAGAGGGCAGUCUGCAGAGGCUUAGAUACAAGGUAAUCACAGAGGUAAAAAAUAUAAUAUAACCGUGUUGGUUAUGCAAAACUGGGGAAUGGGUAAUAAAGGGGUUAUCUAUCUUUUUAUAAAAUAACAUUUCUGGAGUACACUGCCCCUUUAGGAAACAGCUGUCUUACAACCACAGCUUUUUAACUUGCUUUGCAGAAUCAUAUGUGUAAGCCUGCACAGCAGGGGCUCUGAAGUUGUAUUGCCACCUUCGGAAAUGGAACCUUUAGUGUGUGCUAAUAUAUAUUUUUUUUCCCUUUAGCGUUCAAUAAUAAUAUAUAACUUUAUUAUGACUUUACAACCUCUGCGCUACAUUAACUUUUUAGCACAACACUUUAGAGAAGGUCUAGACAAAUACAGCUGCCAGGUCGCCAUGGUAAUUAGAGAUUUAUUUGCAAAGUUUUCUGUCAUGUUGCAUUUAAUAAAAUCUUUAAUUCUGCAGUUUUCAUUUUGGAGACAAGAAGGCGCCUGUGCAGAACAUAGAGAAGAUAGAGGGCUGAUCAUAGCUAUAGAUCUGUCGUUUACUUCUUUCUUCCCUGUAUCUUGAGAUCAUCCCUGUGUGUGAGCCGCUUCAUAUUCCGCUGUCAUUUGCUGGAAACACGUUUGUGAUCAGGAACACAGAUUUAUUAAAGAAAAAACCCAGAUGACAGCAGCAACGCGCAAAGAAGCUUUGAGCCUUUAUCGCAAAAUUUUCAGAAUAGCAAGAAAAUGGCAGUCUGCAUCAGGCAUCAAGGAAGAGACAGCAAAGGAAAAACAAUACAUUGUUGAUGAAGCCAGAACGUUGUUCUAUAAAAAUAAAAAUGUAACUAACAUAGAAAUGAUCACACAGUGUAUAGACGAGUGCAAAGCCAGAGUGGAGAUGGGAUUACAUUAUGGAAUUCCGUAUCCCAGACCAAUUCAUCUGCCUCCUAUGGGACUUGCUAUACCUCACAGUAAAGUUCUCAGCACACAAGUAAAGCUAAGGAAGCAAGCCAAGCCCAUCUACCUAAAAUCACACGAUGAGGUCUCAUAGCGCGAUGUUGUUGUACAAUUAGCACUUUAUAGCGUAAAAUCUAUUCAGAUGCAAAGUAUUGCCGUACAGGACUUUUGUUUUUUGCUUAACUGUGCCAUGCGCUAUUUACUAAAUGCAUAAGUUGUGUGUUAUACGUUUUAUGUGAGGCUAAUAUUCUGCUGCAUAUGAUAUUCAGUAAAACACGGUUAUUAAACCAUUAAGGAAACAGCCUAACAGGUUGGAUUUGAUUUAAAUCACUAGUCGGUAAGACCAAUUUCCUGGUUUUCAUUUUUAGAAUAAUACGUUUUCAGAUUAUUGGUUCCAGUUAUAUCAGACCAUUACUGAUUUGUUCAUAGAUCAUUAGAUAUCCAUAGAAAGAUCAUUGAAAUGAAUGAAAUAAUUUGGUGAACUAUCUCCAGUUUAACUGGUUAAUCAUUCAUAUCUGACCCACUUUUCAUCUGUAUUUUAUAAGAAGGAGAAAAAUUAUGGUUACAUUAAUAAUAAUAAUAAUAAUUGAAAUAGUUUUAAUUAAAGGGACACUGAAUCCAAUUUUUUUCUUUCAUGAUUCAGAUAGAGAAGCAAUUUUAAGCAACUUUCUAAUUUACUCCUAUUAUCAAUUUUUCUUCGUUCUCUUGCUAUCUUUAUUUGAAAAAGCAGGAGUUAAAGCUAAGGAGCCGGUCCGUCAUUGUUUCAGCACUUGGGUACAGCUUGCUGAUUGGUGGCUAAAUAUACCCACCAAUCAGCAAGUGCUAUCCAGGGUGCUGAACCAAAAAUGGGCCGGCUCGUAAACUUGCAUUCCUGCUUUUUCAAAUAAAGAUAACGAAUAAAAAUUGAUAAUAGGAGAAAAUUAGAAAGUUGCUUAAAAUCCAUGCUCUAUCUGAAUCAUGAAAGAAAAAAAAAUUGGGUUCAGUGUCCCUUUUACUAAAACAAUAACAUUUUUCAUUUGUAAUGCUUGCCCCACCCUCCUCACACUUAGGUCCAUGUGCAGAUUUAUUCCACUCCAAACAAUCUUUUAUGCAGUGAGCUUCUUAAAACUUAGCAUGGGUUGAUUCUGUGUACAUAGAUUUGCAGGGGCAAUGGCAUUUAAAGAGACAGUAAAGUUAAAAUUAAACUUUCAUUAUUCAGUGCAAUAUUAAAAUGUUCAAACACA